UUUUUUCACUUUUUUUGGUCUGAUUUAGUGGGUAUUUUUUCUGCUCAAUCGCCAUGAACCGGACAAUAGUGUUUUCUUAAAAUUAUGGACAUCUACAGGAGUCAGAGCUUGGUUAAGAUUUUUCUUACUUCUAUAGCAAAAUGGCUGGGCCGGACAGUUAUGUUCCACCUCCAUAUAUUCCGUUACGUCCAUCGGAAUCUGAAGCUGAUGGUUUUUCUGAGACAGAAGAAACCAGUCCUCCUCAAUCUGCUGCUCUUGAUUCCUCUCCAUGGUCUUCUGGCAUCUGUGCUUGUUGUGACGAUAUGCAGAGCUGUGUUAUUGGCACGGUUUGCCCUUGUUUCCUAUUUGGAAAAAAUGCAGAAUUUCUAGGGUCUGGAACAUUCGCUGGUUCUUGUAUGACACAUUUCAUUUUAUGGGGCCUGGUCAAUAGCCUUUGUUGUUUGUUCAGUGGAGGCAUUCUAGCAUUUUUUCCAGGAGCUAUGGUUGCUUGUUAUGCUUGUGGAUAUCGCAAAGCAUUGAGGGGAAAAUAUACGUUGCAGGAAGUCCCCUGUGGAGAUUUAACAACUCACCUGUUCUGCCACCUCUGUGCCAUAUGCCAAGAGUACAGGGAAAUCCGAGAGAGGUCUAAUGGCUCGACUCCUCUCGUAUGGACGGAUACAACUGCUCCGACGAUCCAAACAAUGCAUCCUACAGGAAAAUGAACAAAAGGUGCGUCUGGCAAAAAAACUUCUAUUUCAUUGAUGUAUUGUUGCGGUCAUUUGUCUGUGAAAGCACAUUAAUUUCAGAAAGUGGGAAGCUGGAAGUUGAGUGAUAUGUGAAAAUACUUUCUGUGAAUAUUUUGUUACGGUUUCUGCUUGUUCUUUAUUGAGAAUUCAUUUUUUAUGGAAGAUUAUUUUUUUCUUUAUUAUGUGGAUCCAACUGCGUUAAAUUGGGGAAGCAUGAGGAGAUAGCGUCCAUUUGCUGUUGGGUUUGCUUAUGAAAUUGUUUGAAGUGUAUUCUGUGUAAUCUUUUGCUAGUAAAGUUGAUUUUUUUUUCUU